UGCCCAGCUCCCAGACAGGCACCGCGUCCCUCUCUUGGCUGGCUAAUGGAGCCCAACAGGUCCCUCUCCUUGGGCAUACUUCUGCUUCUUUCUCUGGCCUUUGAAUUGAGCUACGGAACAGGUGGAGGUCUGAUGAACUGCCCAGUGAUUAUCCAGCAGCUGGGAAAUGACACCACGUGGCUGCCCCUGACGAAAGAGAGCGUUAACAAAAGCAUCCGCAUCCUCGUCACGAUGGCAACGGCAAUGUCUCUAGAAAGCAAAAUCACUAAGAAAAUAGUGUCUUUUAAUCUUGCUAAAGGGGGCUAUCUAGAGCACCUGGAAAAUGGCUACCAGUUUCAACCGGAAAACCUGAGCCUGGGGAUCCUGGGAAACAGGAGGGAGAGUGAAGGAUGGUACAUCGUGAGUUUGGAGGAAAAUGUGCAAGUUCAGCAAUUCUGUAUUCAGCUGAAGCUCUAUGAGCAGGUCUCCACUCCAGAGAUUAAAGUGCUAAACAAGACCCAGGAAAACGGGAAUGGGACUUGCAGCUUGACGGUAGCCUGCACGGUGAAGAAAGGCGAUCAUGUGACUUAUAGCUGGAGUGAUGAGGCGGGCAACCAUCUGCUGAGCCUAGCCAAUCACUCCCACCUCCUGAACAUCAGUGUUAGCAACCAGCAACAUGACAGCAUCUACAACUGCACGGCAAGCAACCCUGUCAGCAGUCGCUCUCAGAGCUUCGACCUAUCACAGGAGUGCAGGCGAGAAUCCUCAGGAGAAAGCAGCUCAUGGAUAACACACACUGCUGGACCGUUAGGGUUCAUUCUACCCCUCAUUGUUCUGGUCCCCGUUGCAGUCAUUCUGCUGAAAAAACAAGGUGAAAGAAGCCACUGCCAGCGGCCAGUGGAAGAAAAAGGCCUUACUAUUUAUGCCCAAGUGCAGAAAUCAGGGCCUCCAGAGAAGAAAUUUGAUGAUGCCCUGACAGAUCAGAGUCCCUGCACAACCAUUUAUGUGGCUGCCACAGAGCCUGUCCCAGAGCCUGUCCAGGAAUCAAACCCCACCACAGUUUACGCCAGUGUGACACUACCAGAGAGCUGACCCCCAGAAACCCAGGGAAAGGACUUUUUGAAGGAACAUAGAAAAAUCAAAAUCCACGCUGAACUUGGCCCUCGGUCCUGAGUUCUCUGUGACAGACACUGCACAUCUGUCCCCUUCUUCAAUCAAUUCCCUGGUGAUCGAUUUGCACAGGCGCACCUGUGAUGUAAGCAAGGAAGUGAGGUUUCCCAAGCAGGCAGCCUACUGUGCCGCUGGCACAGACAUGGA